CGUUUGACGCAUUCGAUUGCUGUCAUCACCCAGUCGCAUUCCCACAAAAUUCCCCGUCACAAUGGUUCGAGCGCCAAGUCACCGAUAUUUCAAUUAACAUGACUCGAAUGAUAGCCCAUCAUGCCGUCGCCAGUACAAAGUAUUCAUCACGGCCGCACCGCCACCGUCCAAGUGGCCACCAACACGCAGAAGGAUAAGAAGCUCAGCGUACUCGAAUCGCACGGGUACUACCUCGGCAAGACCAUCGGCACCGGUUCCUACGCGACGGUGCGCGUCGCCAAUUCGGAGCGCCACGAGGGCAACGUCGCCAUCAAGAUAGUCAGCAAGUUUUCGGCGCCUGCUGACUACUUGAAGAAGUUCCUGCCCAGGGAAAUCGAGGUGGUGAAGGGCCUGCGCCAUCCGAACCUGAUCCGUUUCCUGCAAGCCAUCGAGACCACCCAUCGCGUGUACAUCGUGAUGGAGUACGCGGAGAACGGCAGCCUGCUGGACAUCAUCCGGAAGGACGGCUACAUCGACGAGACGCGGUCGAGGAAGUGGUUCAGGCAGCUGGUGGACGCCGUGGAUUACUGCCACGAGCGCGGCGUCGUCCACCGGGACAUCAAAUGCGAGAACAUGCUGAUGGACCACGAUUGGAACCUGAAGCUGUCGGAUUUCGGCUUCGCCCGCGGCAACAUCAAGAGCAAAACGGGCCAGGUGGUGUUGAGCGAAACGUACUGCGGCAGCUACGCCUACGCCUCGCCGGAGAUCCUGCGCGGCAUUCCCUACCAGCCGCAGUUCGCCGACAUCUGGUCGAUGGGCGUCGUCCUGUUCGCCAUGGUCUACGGCCGGCUGCCCUUCGACGACAGCAACUACAGGGAGCUGAUCAAGCAGGUGUCCAACAAGGUGAAUUUCCCGAGGGAACCGAACGUGACGGCUAGCUGCAAGACGCUCAUCAACAAGAUACUGGCUCCUUUGAAGACGAGAAUCCGCGUGGCGGGCAUACGGGUCGAUCCGUGGUUCGCUCAUGACAUCGCCGGGACAAGUCGCGAGAGAGCUGACAGCGACGGCUCAUUUGCAGCAGACGACAAGAAACUCUCCGUACUCAGUAAAGACAUUGAACCCGCCGCUCUCAUAACGAAGCAGCCGGUGGCGCUGACGCCGUCGAAGCGGGCGGCGAAGAGCAAGCGGCGCAGCACGCUGGAGGAGACGUCGAUCGCGGCGAAGGACUUCGGCGUCGACGAGGACAGCGCGAAGAGGAAGAACAACAACGAGAAGCCGAGCAAAUAGGCCCGGGAACGGCGGCGGUUUUGGCUGGGAUUGCCGAUUCGCUUCGACGCAUCCAUUGUAAUAAUGAUAUUUAUUGUAUGGAA